AUGAGAAUUAAAAUUAUUCAAUAAAGUAAAGAACUUUAAGAAAAUUAAUAAUUAUUGAUUUAGGAAUAUAAUUAAUUAUCUAUUGAAAAUUAAGAAUUAAAAUAAAUGUAUUAUAAACAGAAAUUAUCAUUCAAGAAAUCAGAAACUACAUAAAAUUAAUAAAUAAUUUUAAGGAUGAUAAGUAUUUUAGUAGUAAUCAAAAUAACAAGAUAAAUUUUGUGA